AUGGACUACGAUUCUAGUGAAGAAGAAGAGAUCCUCACUGUGCUGAUGUGCUCAGCCAUCGUGUCAGUGCUGGCAGAGCGGAAACCUUCAAAGAAGAACAGGUGGUGGUGGGUGCGACCGUCCCUUCGCUCGCGAGAUGUUGCUGGCCACGCAAGCCGCCUGCUUCCCGACCUGCGCUCACACGAUGAGGAGUAUUUCCGAGACUUCCUGCGAAUGCCGCCAAGAACUUUUGACACUUUGCUAGAGCUGCUGCGUCCCGCCAUCUCGAAGCAGGACACUAACUACCGGCCUGCAAUUUCGGCGCACGAUCGCUUGGCCAUGACCAUUAGGCGAGACGCAGAGCGACGUGGCCUUCUGGCAGGAAGGUCCACAGUCUCCCCUAGAGUGGCGGAGGUCACUCAGGCCCUUCGGCUUGUACUCGAGCCACUGUACCUCCAGCACCCUUCAACGGCAGAUGAGUGGAUGAAGAUAUCACAGGGGUUUCACGAGAGGUGGAAUGUCCCUCACUGCCUUGGAGCAAUUGACGGAAAGCACGUGAACAUAGAGUGCCCUGCUAACUCCGGGUCCGUGGACUUCAACUACAAACGUUCCUUCAGCAAGUCGCUGCUUGCUGUGUGUGAUGCUCAAUACAGGUUCAUAUACGUGGAAGUUGGGCACCCUGGAAGCGAGAGUGAUGGCGGGAUUUUCUCCCGCUCCACUCUUCAAAAGAAUGUUUUGCUGGGGGCACUGGGCUUGCCACCAAUGAGUCCUGUUGGCAACGAGGGUCCUCUCCCAUAUUUCUUCAUUGGUUAUGAGGCCUUCCCGCUGAAGGAGUAUAUGAUGCGGCCCUACCCAAGACGGAGUAAGUUAAGAGUGUAUGAAUGAAAUGCUUAGUUC